UACAAGAAAAAGAAGAAAGAAGAGAAGGUUCCAUUAGCCUGGGUGAAUCAACCUUUAUUUGAUUACAGGUGUCAGUUUUGUAAUGGAGUCAGCAAGACACUACCUUGCUGGCCUGUUAGUCCUGAAGAACCACUGGAGGACCUCCUCAAUCCUAUCGGUACUGUUGUCACUAAUCCUAAUGCAGCUGAUGCUCCAUCAAUCAGUGUUCAGUUCAAGGAGUACAGUCAGCAGCCGAUCAUAUACCCCAGCAUGGAGAAGGUACUGGAGCUAGCCUCUAAAGAAAUGACUAAUUACAAGGAAGAGAGAGUGGCCAAGACCUAUGAGCAGGAGCUGAAUGAUAUAGUGGAGAGAGACCCACUGGCCCCACUCUAUGAACAGGACAAGACAUUAAUAUGGAGGUUCAGGAUGUACCUACUGGAGAACCUUCCCUCAUCUCUACCUAAACUACUGAACUCUGUUAAAUGGUAUCAGCAUAGAGACGUUGCUGUGGUAAGUAUACUUACAAUAUACAUGUACAUGCAGUGUUUAGAUCUAGAGGAGUUUAAGAGAAUUUUAGUCCCCCAUAUUUGGUCUUGGUCUCCCAUUUUUUGUCUCUUAUCUUCUCCUGUUUUAGUCAGUUGAUCUCUCAGAAUUUUU